AUGGCAAAAGACUUGAGCGCCACGGUUGAUGAACAAAAGACGAGGGAGAAGCUGCUGAGGGACGAUCUCGAGCAAGAGCAACGUCGCAGCCGCGAGCUCUUCCGCGAGAUCCAGUCGAUGAAGGGCAAUAUUCGGGUCAUGUGUCGGAUUCGCCCUGCACCGGCUGAUACUCCCCAGGAGGAGCUUGCCGACUUCGGCCCGCGUGAGAGGGGGGAGUACUCCAACCACUGGGCCAAGAUGUGCAUACCUCAGGAGCGCAAGGAUUUCAAAGGCGACAUCGUCACAGAGUCAAGGAACUUCUCCUUCGAGCGGAUUUUUGGGCAGGAAGAAUCGAACGACGACAUAUUCAACGAGGUUAGUGACCUCGCCGAAUUGGCGCUUUCGGGCAAAAACGUCGGGGUUUUCGCCUACGGACAGACCGGGUCUGGGAAGACAUAUACGCUCAGCAACCAAGGAUCCCCGGACACGUCGAACGACGGCAUCAUUCCUAGAACACUAGCCCUGCUGUUUGAGACUGCCGAGAAGGGAUUCCUGGGAUACAAAUACUCGAUUUCGGUAUCAAUCUUGGAAAUCUACCUCGACAACGUCUAUGAUCUUCUGCAAACGUCGCCUACCGGGGAGAAAGUCACCACGAUGAUCGAGGGGGCGUCUUCGUUUGCGCUAGAGUCCCUGGAAGCGGCCCAGGAGAUCAUCAACAUGGCAACGGGGAUGCGAGCUUCGUCGUCCACCAAUAAGAAUGCGGCAUCGUCGCGCUCGCAUCUCAUCCUAACGUUCAAAAUCGGCAGGGAACCCAUCAACACGACAUCCCAGGAGCAGGUCAAGGACGGCAUCCUUAAUCUCAUCGAUCUUGCAGGCUCGGAGCGGCCCGCGGCUAGCGGUAUGGGAGGCCAGCAGCUGCAGGAGGGGAAGAAGAUUAACCAGUCGCUCCUGAGUCUAAACAGGGCCAUUGCCGCUCUCGGACAGGGGACCCAGGUGGCAUACGACGACCCUCUUCUCAGGGCGCUUCGGCCUUGCCUAACUGCCGGUUCCAAGACGCUGAUGUUCGUUAUGGUCAGCCCCUUCAAGAGAGACCUGAGCGUCUCCAUCCAGACCCUUGAAAAGGGACAAGAGGCAACGAACGCGAAGCUGGCGGCGGCUCGGCGGGGAAACAACCCGAGGCCCAGCAAGACGCCAACACCACCUCCUCGGAGACCGCUUGCGAGUUCGAGGCCAAGCCCCGCGUCGAACAGACCCCCGCCCCGGUCCUGA